UGAGUACUGGGCGGUCGGUCACUGGACUCAUUGACAGGCCAUCCUUUCGGUAUCCUGGUUGUGGGAAAUUUGAGUUUGACGGUUGGGGACUGUUGUGCUACAAAAUAAAUCAAGAGAGGGAUUACCGGGGCGUAGCUGGCCAUGUGAACAUAGCAGCUGUUAAUCGUAUAUUGCUUUUUGGAAUUACUCUUACAACUGUCAUCCUUCACAAACUACGACAGGUAAACAGAAUGGGGUGGGUGCCUGAUGGAAAAGACUGAGACGCUGCUGAUUAAGGUGUUCUCAUUUCUGGUGUUUGUUGUUUUAUGGAGUUUCAUUUCCUGUCGCCUGGUAUUAUCCUUUGGUUUUACGGGAAUUCAGCUUGAUCUGUAACCAUGACAACUGAAGGUGACACCGGUGUUGAAGUACAGAAAGAGACCGAGAAGUCUGAUGAACAGCCUGCAUCUCCUAGUCAUCAGCAGUCUCCACAAUCCACAUCCUCGAGCCUUGAGAAUCGGGAAGAAAGAGCAGACAGUUCUGGAGAUCAGCACCAAGACACGGAAGCACAGUCUCCGCCACAAGGAGGAGGAUCUCCUGCAGGUACACCUCCAAGCAGCAAAAGUAGCCCAAGCAGUGAUAAAAAAGAAAGAAACCCAUCAGGAGGCAAGGGCAUCUCAAGGUUCCUGCCUUCAUGGCGAAAAAAACAAAGGUCCCAGAGCCAGACGUCAGAAGAGGACGCUGGAAAAGAAGAGCCAGCUCCAGUCAAGGAGGAGGAGACUACAGCAGACAAAGAUCAGAAUGUAAAACUUGAAGAGGAGGUAGUAAAAAGUGAAGAGCCAAAAGAAGAGGUGGAUAAACAGGAGAAGCAUUCUGUAAGUGGUAGUGAAGCACAGCCUGCAAGGGAAGACGGGAAGGAAGAGAAGUCUGAUGAGAAAGCUACAGAUAUAAAGGAAGAUAAGGUGGACUCGGACGAAAAGAUAGAACCAGAAGAAGCAAAAAGAGAAACCAAAGAAGUGCAGACAGUUCAUACCAGAAUGGAGAAAUCACCCAAGAAGACCCCAAAAAAGGUGAAAACAGUACCGUGUAGGGUGGUGCUUUUGGAUGGCACAGAAUAUCCUUGUGAAAUAGAGAAACGUUCCAAGGGUCAAGUGUUGUUUGAUAAAGUAUGUGCACAUCUGAAUCUUUUAGAGAAAGAUUAUUUUGGCCUGACAUAUCGUGACAGCACGGAUCAGAAGAACUGGUUAGAUCUGAUCAAGGAUAUCAAAAAGCAAAUUCGAAACUAUCCGUGGCAGUUUGCCUUUAAUGUGAAGUUUUACCCUCCUGAUCCUUCACAGUUAACUGAAGAUAUUACAAGAUACUUGUUAUGCCUUCAGCUUCGCCAGGACAUUGCUUCAGGCCGCCUGCCAUGCUCCUUUGUGACUCAUGCUCUUCUUGGUUCAUAUACCCUUCAGGCAGAGCUGGGAGAUUACAGUGCUGAUGAUCAACGAUUAGAGUCCAUCAGUGAGUUCCAGUUUGCUCCUAACCAGACAAAGGAGCUAGAAGAUAAGAUCAUGGAGCUACAUAAAACACACAGAGGUCUAACACCAGCAAUGGCAGAUUCCCAGUUCUUAGAAAAUGCAAAGAAACUUUCUAUGUAUGGCGUUGACUUGCAUCAUGCAAAGGAUUCUGAAGCAGUAGAUAUCAUGCUAGGGGUGUGUGCCAAUGGACUUCUAAUUUAUAAAGACAGACUUCGAAUCAACCGCUUUGCUUGGCCAAAAAUUCUCAAAAUCUCAUACAAACGCAGCAAUUUCUACAUUAAAAUCAGACCAGGAGAGACUGAACAUUUUGAGAGCACCAUUGGGUUCAAACUACCAAGCCAUCGUGCUGCUAAACGGCUGUGGAAAGUUUGUGUAGAGCAUCACACUUUCUUCAGGUUACUGUCACCAGAGCAACCACCGAAGGCCAAGUUCUUAACCUUGGGUUCCAAAUUUCGGUACAGCGGUCGUACACAAGCUCAAACUCGGCAAGCAAGUACACUUAUAGAUCGUCCUGCACCAUACUUUGAGCGUACAUCAAGUAAACGAAUUUCCAGAAGUCUUGACGGACCUAACACAUUACCAUAUGCCAAGAAGCUGGAUGCAGACCUGCCUGAAGAGUUCCGACCAUCUGAAGUAACCGAGUGGGAUGGCAUAAAAGAAAUGCUUCGAACGUUGACAAUAGCUCCUGAACUAAGCGCUGCUGAUGAGGAUUUGAUAAGAGACUCCACUUUUGAUCAGCCUGUGUCUGUUAAUGAGGUGAAACCCUCUGCCUCUGAACCUGUACUCAGAGAUGAAAAAAGAAGUGAAGAAUUGCUUUCUCAGCCACCAGAGUUGGAAUUGCACAAAGAGACUAAGUCUCUCCCCAUAUACCAGCUGUCACCAUCCCUCACUGCUUUAAACCAUACACUUAACUUGCCCACUAUUCCAGAAAUGGACACUUUGUCAGACAUUUCUGACGAGGACCCCUUUUUGCAUGGUGACUUGGAGCAGACAGCAUUACAGCACUGGGAGUUCAGCACUGAUGAACAUCACAUAAAUAACAUGCCUGGUGUUCUGAAUAUGAGUGUCAUUCCUCUUACAUCAUUUGUUCCUGCUGUUUCUCUCACCAAACAGUCUGCUUCUACAGUAGGGGCCAGCCAAAGCACUGUUGUACAAUCCAUCAAGGAGAUCAAGCUGACCUUCUCUUUGUCAGGAUUCUUCAGAUGCUUUCCUUCUAAGUUUCCCUCUGUGCUUGAUGAAGAUGGAUAUAUUAGUUUUCCAAGCCUCCCAGAGGAAUGGCUUGCAUUUCUUCCUCCACACCUUCAACAUCAUAUCCCUAUAACCUCCCCUUCCCUUAUUCCUUCUUUCUUACUCAUAUUUGUGCUGCUUCUCUCUGCUUCUCAAUCUGUUCCUUUCUCGCUGGUCAUGUCCUUUCCUCUUGCUCUGUCCCUGUGCUACCUGGAGCCCAAGUCGGGUUCCUUAAGCAUCAUUUGUGACAGUGAUAGGAAAGACAAAGCACAGGAAGAGGAGGUGCUGGAAGAGCAAGGUGAUGUCGUAACAGCAGCUGCAGCUGAGAGUAAUACAGCAGAGACCAAGGAAGAAGAACAUUCUCGGCAGGAAAAGGAUUUCGAUAAAAUACAGGAGGAUGCCUUGAAACAUCAGGCUAGUAUUAGUGAACUCAAGCGGAGUUUUAUGGAAUCUACACCAGCACCACGCCCAAAUGAAUGGGAAAAACGUCUAAACCAACCUUUAUCUCAGCAGACACAUGGGAAUAUUGCUGAUCAAGCAGAGGAAACUACCACAGGGUCUGCAGACAAUAUCGUUAAGAUUUCAGAUGAAAAUCAGAAACCUGAGGUGAAGAAGAAAGCAGAGGAUCUGCCAUUGGAAACAGUGGUUAAUGUUGAGACUGAAGGGAUGCCCAAAUUAAUACCAGGAGGAGAGAAAGAAGUUAAACAGCUAGCACCACAAGGAGAGGUGUGUGGGAGAAAAGACUCAACCUCAUCCUCUGACAGCAGCAAUGAAAGUGAAGGAGAGGAAGGGGGUGAAUACCAUACACAGACUAAGCUGGCAGAGAAUACAAUAAAGGAAGAAGAAGAAAAUGAAGAUAUGACACAGAAUGAAGAGCCUGGAAAAAGCCCAAGAACAGAUACUAUACAAGGAACUAGAGCCAUACUGGUAAACAGUGAAAACGUGUUAAACAAAGAACUAGUGUUUCAAAAUGAAGUACAGGAAAAAAUGGAAGAUUUGAUGGAUAAACAAGUGAAAAAAACUGAACAGCACCAAAAAGAGGAGCACCCUCAAGUUAACGGUGUCAUGCUGCACCAUGAAACUGAUGAUUCGAUACAUAUUAUUCAGUAUACAGAGCCCCCGGUGGUUAAGACAGAGAUGGUAACAAUAUCUGAUGCUUCUCAAAAAAACGAAAUAGCAACCAAAGAAGUCCCUAUUCUACACACAGAAACCAAGACCAUCACAUAUGAAGCCGCAGAGACUGAUGGAGGCGGAGAUAACGAGCCUGCCAUGUUGCUGAGUGCCCAGACUAUAACGUCAGAGUCGAUUUCUACCACUACAACUACACAUAUCACGAAGACUGUAAAAGGUGGAAUAUCUGAAACUCGGAUUGAAAAGAGGAUUGUGAUCACUGGUGAUGCAGACAUUGACCACGAUGAGGCCUUGGCACAGGCAAUUAAAGAAGCCAAAGAGCAGCACCCUGACAUGUCAGUCACCAGGGUGGUGGUACAUAAAGAGACUGAGCUCACAGAGGAGGGGGAGGAUUAAAAAACAUAAGAAAUUAAAGCGGUUUUGAACAUGAAGGAACUCAGAAUUGCCAAUUUAUACAGUUGCUGCUGUUCUGAACCCUACAAGAUUGGGGCCUGCACUUGGAAAAGCUGCUCAACACAUCUCUACAUUGGUCUGAAGAUAUCAAGAACACAUUUCAAACCUUGCCUUUCCUACAUGAAAUGCAUUGUAAUUUUUAUUUUAUAACCACUUUGUAAUAAUAUCACUAGCCUUUAUUAAAUAUUUUUACAGUUUUAGGUAUGUUGCAAAACCGCAUGUCAUCUGAUAAUUAGACUGUAUCAUAAUGAGUUAAGAAAUGUUAAAUAAAAUAACAUUUGAUCUUGAAAUGUGUACUGUAUUGUACAAAAUGGGCUAACUUAGUUGCAGCCUUUUUUUUUAAAUGAAUAUAUAACUUAGAACUGACAGGCAGUUUGUUACUAGAGACCAAGUCACUUCAGGUACAUCAAAAGGAGAAGCAAGAAAAUUUAGUCACAAUUAUUUUGUAUAUGUUUUUCAUAUAAAGUUGUUUUCUAAAACUAUUUUUCCGGUAAGUGUAACUCUGUAUUUGACUGGACUUGUGUACUGGAUAUUUUGUAACCUUUUCCUAUAUAUUUCAGAACAUGGUGCUUCUGAUCCUGGCCAGUAUGGGCAUGGAGUGUUCUGGAAUUUUUUUUUUCUUAAUAAAGCACUCUGCUUACAAAUAUUCGCUGCAUUGGUAACACAUAGUCUGAAGAAAUAAACAUUCCAUUUGGGGAAGAAACACUUGCUUGUGACUUCCCAACUAAUUUUUGCAGUAGGAAUCCUAUAUUUUGUAACAUAUUUAUCAUUUUCCAAAAUUAGCACAUUCUGAGUAUAAUUUUUUUUGUAAUUGCUCCUUUAUUCCCUAAAUAUUUUUAACCUUUUGAGUGAUAACCACUAUUUCUUAUUAAUUUGUGACUGAUGCCUCAGACUGGAUUUCUUCUUGGUUUAUGAUGCGGUGGAAGUGAAGUUAUUUCAAAUACCAGUGACCCCUUUCCUGGAGAUAAAGAGGAGAAUAUCCAUUUGCUUAGACUGUUUUGGGGAACCAAUGCAUAAUUCCCUGUAUGAUCAUUUCUGACCCUGUGUAGAUUGCACAAAAGAAAGCAGCUGAGUAGGUUAAUAGCAGCUUCUUUUGUGUCAUUUGAUUUUCUGCUCUUUGUAAUGCUGUUGAAAAUAAAGUUUAUUCCCUGAGA